AUGAAUAGGCAACACGUCACUUUACUUGUACUGCUCGACCUCAGUGCUGCGUUUGAUACCGUCGAUCAUGUUCUCCUACUUCAGCGCCUGCAAUUGAAAUUCGGUCUAUUUGGAACUGUUCUUAAAUGGUUUACAUCUUACCUUUCUCAGCGAACACAAAGAGUUACAGUUGGCGGUGUGUCUUCCGAGAAAUUCAAAGUUGAUUGUGGUGUUCCUCAGGGAUCGUGUCUAGGUCCGCUUCUGUUCGUUCUUUAUGUAAGCGAACUACUUGAGUUAAUAGAGCGUCACCUACCAGAUGCACAUGCUUAUGCCGAUGACACCCAGCUUUAUAUCUCGUUUCGCGCAGAUUCUCGUAUCGACCAAGAAACUGCAGUCCGAACUGUUGAGAUGUGCAUUGAUGACAUCAAACGAUGGAUGCUUGCUAAUAGACUGAAACUCAACGAGGGAAAAACUGAAGUAAUUCUAAUCGGCACGUGGCAACAACUCGAAAAAAUCGACUUCAACAAUAUUCGUGUUGGCAGCAAUGUUGUUACUUGUGUUGAGAACGCCAAGAACCUCGGCUGCUGGUUUGACUCGCAGAUGAAAAUGGACACCCAUGUUACUAAAUGCUGCAAAGCUGCCUUCUUUCACCUUUAUAACAUUAGACGUAUUAGGAAGUUCCUCGAUCAACAUACAACUCAGAUUCUUGUGCAGGCUUUCGUUAUAAGCCGCCUGGACUAUUGUAACAGUCUUUUUUAUGGCCUUCCUUCAACCCAAUUGAGGAAAUUACAAGCUGUUCAAAACGCGGCAGCCCGGCUUAUCUGCAAUACUCCUCGGUUCGAUCAUAUCACUCCUGUCUUAUAUCAUCUUCAUUGGCUCCCGAUUAAGUCCCGCAUCGACUUUAAAAUCCUUCUUAUCACAUACAAGGCCCUAAACAAUCAAGCUCCGACGUACAUUAAAGAGCUCCUCUCAAUUAAAAAACCCACCAGUUACAACCUUAGAUCCCACUCUGAUCCGUGUCUACUAGAACGCCCCAGACUUAAAACUCUUAAGACCUUGGGUGAUCGAUCAUUUUCUCUCGCUGCCCCAACUUUGUGGAACGCUCUUCCCAAAGCUAUCAGGAUUGCAUCCUCAACAGCUACAUUUAAAAAGUUACUAAAGACAUUUCUAUUCUUAGAAGCUUUUAAUUAAUGCCUGUGCAUGUUCCAUUUUUACUUCUAGUUAUCGCUGUGAUACUUUUAUAAAUUCUUAA